AUGGAAGGUCACCUGUGGAGGAACAAGUGAAGUGGACAUCAACAGAAAGGAAGAAGAAGAAACAGGUGGAUGAAGUUAUUUUGUCAGGAUGGGCUAUGAUCUGGAGCGGUUUGUGGGCUAUGUGAAUGAGGGUCUUCUGUGCUGUGUGUGUCGAGACGUGUUGCAGCGGCCCCUCCAGGCACCCUGCGAACAUGCCUACUGCAGCGCCUGCAUCAGCAGCUGGCUGGUCCAUCACCACUCCUGUCCUGAGGACAGACUUCCACUGGACGUGGGCAGUCUCAAACCACUGUACAGGUACAUGCGUAAUGACCUGAACCGCCUGCAGAUACUUUGUGUGAAUGCGGGGCAGGGUUGUGAGGUGGUCUGCUCCCUGGAGAGCCUGCACACACACGAGGAUGAGUGUGAGUUUGCCUUCAUCUCCUGCUCUAACACAGGUUGUUCUCUGCAGGUGGAGAGGCGGGGUUUGGUGGCUCACCUGUCCGAAUGUAACUUCCGCAGCAGGGAGUGUCACAAUGGCUGUGGCCACACCCUCCUCUCCAUUGACCAAUCACAGCAUAACUGUGUAGCAGAGCUGCGCACAGAAGUGGAGAUGCUCAGGGCAGAGAUGCUGUGCAAGGUGGAGGAGGUGAGACGAGAGAUGGAGUCUCGGCUGGACUCUCAGAGGAGACACAUGGUGCAGAAAGAGUCGCAGCUGAAGAAUGACGUGGAGGAGCUCAAGGGUCAGCUGUCCUGUGUGAUGUGUGACAUGCGAGCCUUGUUAGGAGCAGAGCGCCUGAGAAGACAGGAGCUGGCAGAGGCGGAGCUGGAGAAGAGGGAACUGUUGGAGCUCCUCAGAGACAUGCAGCCAACCAGGAGUCUGCAUCCGGUUGAGCAGACAUCCAGGGACCAGCACCAGGGAGCUCUGCAAACAUCUGGGCGGGAGCUGCACUCGGAGCAGACAAGACACAAGCAGAGGGAGGCGUCUUUACACGCCUCCAGUCUGUCACUGCAUUCAGCUCAGGCUAUAAAUAUAUCUGGUCCACCUCCGUCACCUCAGCUGGGAGACGGGACGCGCAAGGGCGGGACCAGGAGCCUGACUCUGGACUGCAUCAAGAGGAAGAGUCGGGAGGUGACGGUCAUCUGAGUAGACUGGACCAGUGAGAGACUAGGAUUAAAUCUUUAUUUUUGGAUUGAGUUUUAGAUUUAUUUUUAAUCAAAUCAGUGUGUAAAUUAGGUGUUGAAUGAGAGAAAAACAGUCUGCUUUGGAAUGAACCAUAUGUUUUGUUUGAAAUGUCUUUUUGUGUAAUUUUACAAACUAAGAGUCUUUUGACUGUCGGCUUAUGUAAAAGUCAUUAGACAAUAAUUCAUUUUGUAGACUCACCACAGAUCUGAUCUGCACAAACAAAUCAUUGAUAAUGUCUUUUGGAUUUUUUAUUCCUCAGGUUUUAAUUAAAUAAAAGUUAC